GCUGCAGUACUUCGGGUAACUGGGGGAAAGGUCAUGUUUGCAAAUUGGGGCGGAAACAAGCGGUUUGCGAACAUAACAACUGCAUAUUCCGGACUUGGUUUGUCUGUUGGAGUGGCUCAUUGGGAGUGAUUCGCAGUUGCACACCAUUACUAACAAAAGCCGUUAUCCAGGUAGAAGAUGGACAAUCAAGUUUUUGAAUCAACAGUGGAGCGCACGUUUCAGUAUCAGAGCUCCCUGCCUCCAUUGCCAGUGCCUUCGCUCGAGGAAUCUUUGCAGAAAUAUUUGGAUGCAGUGAAGCCAUUCUCAUCUAAAGAGGAUUUUAAGAAAACUUCGGAGCUAGUUAAGGGUUUUGGUGAAGGCAUUGGUAAAGAGUUGCAUCAAAAAUUACUGAAGAGAGCCAGGGUGAAAAGAAAUUGGCUGGAAGAGUGGUGGCUGAACAGUGCUUACCUUGAAGUCCGCAUUCCAUCACAGCUCAAUGUGAACUUUGGAGGCCCUGCUCCCUACCUGGAACACUACUGGCCACCCAAAGCAGGCACCCAGCUGGAAAGAUCAAGCAUUGCUGUGUGGUACACACUGCUGUACUGGGACCUCAUAAGGACUGAAAGGCUGGCUGUACAUAAGGCAGGAAGCUCACCUUUAGACAUGGACCAGUUCCGGAACCUGUACUGUACCUGUAAAGUGCCAGGAGUCACUAGAGAUGCUAUUAUCAACUACUUCAAGACCGAGAGUGAAGGACGGUGCCCUUCCCAUUUAGUGGUGAUGUGUCGGGGCCGAAUCUUUGCUUUUGAUGCUGUGCAUGAGGAUCGCAUUCUUAGCCCUCCAGAACUUCUCAGGCAGUUUACAAUAAUCAGACAAAGGUGUGACCGUGAACCCAAUGGAGUUGGACUUUCUGCUUUGACCACUGAAGAGCGAACCCGCUGGGCUCAAGCACGGCAGUAUCUCAUUGAACUGGACCCAAAGAAUCUGACUUUACUUGAAACAAUUCAGAGCAGUUUGUUUGUGGUGUCUCUCGAUGAUGUCACCCCUUAUUCAACACCUGACAAUUAUACCCAGAUGACUUUAGUAGCGUUGACUGGAGAUCCAACUAUACGCUGGGGAGACAAAUCCUACAACUUCCUCUGCUAUGCUGAUGGUUCUUUUGGUUCAAACUGUGAUCAUGCACCAUAUGAUGCCAUGGUAUUGGUAUCAAUGUGCUAUUACAUUGAUCAGAAAUUAAAAGCAAAUGAAGGCAAGUGGAAGGGUUCAGAGGUGGUGAGGGACAUCGCUCAGCCAGAGGAACUUGUAUUUGCUGUGGAUGAGAAGGUGCUUCAGGAUAUUGAGCUAGCUAAGCAGCAGUAUCACGAUAAGGCUCAGGACUUGCAGGUAGCAUCCUAUGCAUUCACUUCCUUUGGCAAAGCUGCAAUUAAGAAAAGGAAGCUUCAUCCAGACACAUUUGUCCAGCUGGCCCUUCAGUUGUCCUACUAUCGUCUUCAUGGAAAACCAGGGAGCUGUUAUGAGACGGCAACCACCAGGCGGUUCUAUCAUGGGCGCACAGAAACUAUGAGGCCCUGCACCGAGGAGUCAGUGGAGUGGUGCAAGGCCAUGCUAGACCCAACACUGAAUACCGAGAAGAGGCGACAGAGAUUGCUCAGUGCUGUUGCGAAGCACAACACACUGAUGAAUGAGGCACAAAAUGGGAAAGGUUUUGAUAGACACCUUCUUGGGUUGUAUCUUAUUGCACAAGAAGAGGGUCUUCCAGUCCAUGACCUCUACAAUGACCCUGCUUAUACUAAAAGUGGUGGAGGGGGUAAUUUUGUUCUUUCAACCAGCCUAGUGGGCUACACUACAGUCCUUGGGGGUGUAGUUCCAAUGGUUCAUCAUGGUUAUGGGUUCUUCUACCGCAUCAGGGAUGAUAGGAUUGUGGCAGCUUGCACAGCCUGGAAGUCCUGCCCAGAAACGGAUGCAGACAAAUUAUUUCAGAACCUCAGCAAGGCAUUCCAUGAUAUGCUGCAGCUACUCACUCUGUCUCAGCUGUAGGCAGAGUGGCCUGAGGUGGUGUUUUUAUUUAUUUUUUUCCUCACCAUGUGGUUUUAAGGGUGUUGAUUGACACAGUCAGUAAAGCAUCCAACCUUACAGGGUUAAUGAGACUGGAAAAUGUGGUGCAACAUAAUACAUCACUUUGCAGUAGCAAUGCAUUUUUAUUAACUGUGCACAAAACAAUGCAAAUGAUCCACCUGCAAUAACUACUACAUGCAGUCAAUUUACAAAUAGUUUUGAUAGGGAAAAAAAAUAUGUUUCUAAUUAACAUGACUAUUAUUUCCUAUAACAGAGUUUUUUAUAGGUUAAUUUGACUGUUUGAUUACUACUAGAAUACCUCAGAACCUGUGCAUAAUUAGCUAAAUCUGUGUGAUGCCAGUAAUAAGUUUAGAGGAAAUGAAACUAUUAACUAUGCUAAAGGGCCUGCUUGCGUUUCUGACUUUGGAAGUUUUGUUGUUAGCUCUGGAUUGUACUGUACAUGAAUGCCCUUAAGCCUUUUAAUGUGCUGGGAAUGAGUCAAAUCCAUCAAGCAUUUACUCAGGCGUUGCAUAUGCAGUUUGAUUUUAGAAAAACAAACUUGCAAAAUUUUAAAUAAAUAAUUCAGUGUGUUUAAUUCAAGGUCACCGAUAUGCAACUUUGGUGUUUAUUCUUUUUUUUUUGCAUAGAGUACGCAGCACUGAAGUAAAUGCUUCUUGUAUCUGGACCAAUGUUUUUUAAAAUUAGAAGAAGCUAGCUUUUGGUUUUAUCAGCUUAAAAAAUUAUUUUUAAUCCCAGUCUUUAUUAGUUUAUCCAGUAGACCUGAAUCUAACCACAGCCUAAAUUAUCAAAUAGUGGAAUUACUAUUACUAAAAAGAAAAACUCUUGUGACACUAGACACAAGUGUACAGUUGUUAAAAGGUACUUUUUUCAAAGUACAAAAAUCAUUUUGUAAGCUGCUCUCCACAGUGAGAAGAGGCAGCCUGUGUCAAAAAAAUGUUUCAUACAAAAUGUUUGGAUUUGUAUUUACGUCAAAGUGCCCAAAGAAGUCCUAAUAUGCAUGUUCUCAUGUUGAAUGAAGUAAAAAAAAAAAAAAAUGAACUUCCAGUAGAUUAAAAGGAAUAGUGAAUGACGCAUAUGUAUUUUAUGUAUGAAGAAAUAAACUAGGCAGUAUUUGAGUAGGCAUUGUGGAGCAGUGGUUCCACAUAAUACAGUAGUUUCAAGGGGGCUGCAGCAUAAUCAGAAAUAUCCUCUAAAUGACCCUGAUCCUGCACAAAAUGUUCCCCAGACUAGGCAUCAAUUAUUUACAUGAAAACUGAUGAUAGACGCUUGUGGGUAUUUUGAAAGCAACACUUAUUACCAACUCUGUCAUGCAUUGGAUAUGAAGAUUAUAAAUGUCUGUACAAAUGGGAAAUAUCACUAUACAGCAAAAUGUCUUGGUUCACUGGGUAGGGGUAUUUAGUUAAUAUGCUAUAGCUAAUGUCACGGGGGAACCUUUGUGCUGAGAGAAAGUAACGUGUGAAGAAUGUUGCUUUUUAAAGGAUACUUCCACCUAAAGAAAGAAACAGGAAAGAAAAGUGCAGACCAUGCACUUGCUUCAUUUUUCUCCGAAUGUAAUCUAAGAAUGACUGUUGAUCAAAUACUGUGAUUUAUAUAACAAUGUCUAUAAAAGCUGCUUCCUGGAAUAUAAAGCUUAGAAUGAUACAAUUGUUAUGCAUCUAAAUAAAUGUGAUUGACAAAAGUG